UGUCGAUUCAGACGUCACAUUUAACGGCAAAAUUAAAAAAAAAAUGAUUGUGAAUUUUAGCGCAACUUUAGCGAAUAAUAUAGAAUAAAGAUUUCAUGUUUUUGUUGUUUCUGUAAUUACCAAACAUUGUUUCGUCUGCCGUUAAUUACAAGUUCAAGGUUAACUAUUUUUCUCUGCUGUUCACUUGAAAUGCCUAGCGAAAUAAUAACAUUGCAACUGGGACAAUGCGGCAAUCAGAUUGGCUUCGAAUUUUGGAAACGUCUAUGUCUGGAGCACGGAAUUUCACCUUCCGGUGUGUUGCAGGAUUUCGCAACAGAUGGCAUAGACCGGAAAGAUGUGUUCUUCUAUCAAGCAGAUGACGACCAUUACAUUCCUCGGGCGGUUCUGUUGGAUCUCGAGCCGCGCGUAAUCCACACAAUUAUGUCAUCACCCUAUGCUAAGUUGUAUAAUCCCGAAAAUGUUUACCUCUCGAAGGAUGGUGGAGGUGCCGGAAAUAAUUGGGCAUCAGGAUUCAGUCAAGGGGAGAAGUUACACGAAGAAGUUUUUGAUAUCAUUGAUCGAGAAGCUGACGGAAGCGAUAGUUUAGAAGGGUUUGUUUUAUGCCAUUCAAUUGCUGGAGGAACGGGAUCUGGAAUGGGAUCAUACAUUAUGGAACGAUUAUCGGAUCACUUCCCGAAGAAACUAGUGCAAACAUACAGCGUGUUCCCAAAUCAAGAUGAGAUCAGUGAUGUUGUAGUGCAACCUUACAACAGCCUUUUGACACUGAAGAGGCUCACGAGUUGUGCGGAUUGUGUUGUUGUUUUAGACAACACAGCGUUGAACAGAAUUGCCACUGAUAGGUUGCAUCUAGAGAAUCCCAGUUUUACUCAGAUAAACACACUGGUCUCUACGAUAAUGUCUGUAAGCACUACCACCCUUCGAUAUCCUUCCUACAUGAACAACAAUUUGAUCGAGCUAAUAGCUCCGUUGAUUCCAACCUCGCAGCUACAUUUUCUGAUGACCGGUUAUACCCCACUCAGUACCGACACGGACACUGUGAGUGUACAGAAAACCACCGUUCUUGACGUUAUGCGACGCUUGCUACAACCAAAGAACAUGAUGGUGUCCACUGGACCUGAUAAGGCGAAUCACCACCGAUAUAUUUCUAUUCUCAACAUAAUUCAGGGCGAAGUAAAUCCGACUCAGGUGCACAAAUCGAUUCAGCGCAUCCGCGAGCGAAAGCUUGCCCAGUUUAUCAACUGGGGUCCAGCCAGUAUUCAGGUCGCAUUGUCACGUAGUAGUCCUUACGUCCAGAGUGCUCAUCGUGUGUCCGGGCUAAUGCUUGCGAAUCACACCAGUAUCUGUUCACUGUUCGAACGAGCCCUGAACCAGUACGAUAAACUAUGCAAAAGAGGGGCUUUCCUCGAUCAGUUUAAGCGCGAGGACAAAUUCAAGGAUGAUUUGAGUGAGUUCGACGAGAGUCGUGACGUAGUGGAUGCACUCGUGCAGGAAUACGAAGCUGCCACCCAGGCGAACUAUCUAAGCUGGCAUGCCAAAAAAACGACCGGAGAGUGAAGUGAAAACAUAUGCGAAUUGAGAAUACGUUAGCGUCCUUGUUCCUUCCGUUACUGCUUCCGAGUGUUAUAAUACUCAGUGUUUUGUUUUGUUAGUGUUUCUAACAUGUUCAAUAUCUUUUGUUGCUUCUCUGGCUUAACCAGGUACGCCGGCUUACCUGUUACAACGUUAGAUAUAGCGCAUCCACAGAUUAGAUUAGAUCUGAAAUACGAAAAGGCGCUUGUGUGUAAGGAAAUCUAUCGAAAUCAAUUUAAUUCGUUAAAGGACAGGUUUUCCACUGUGAAAUGGCAAAGGAAUCGGUAUAUGAUUUCUACAACAACUCAAUGAGUUUGGAUCUGUUAAAUGAUGCACAUGCAUGCUUUGAAUAAAAAAAUAAUAUCAA